AAUCGAUUCUAUGAUUUAUCGUUAUUCACCUCCCUAUUGUCAAAUGUAAUGUCAAUCUGUGUUGAUAAUUAUCAAUUUGUUUUUGACAAAUUGUUUUUUAAUAAAGUUCAUUCAGAAAGCAUUUGGUUUUUUGUUGUAUUGGUGUAAAUAUUAUAACAUUAUUUUUAACACAAUGUCUACUACAAACGGAUCUUCUUGGGAAGAGCUUAGAAAGCAGGCUCGUCUACUAGAAAAUGACAUAGAUAUGAAACUGGUUGCAUUCAGUAAGUUGAGCAUCAGCUCACCACCCUCUGGUCUCAGUUCCGAGAGCAUGCCACUUAUCAACAGUGAAGACAUGUUCGACACAAUGUCAAUGGAAUUGCAACAGUUAUUGAAUAAGCUUUCUGCAAUCAAUGAUAAAAUGGCAGAUGUAGCACCAGCUGGCACUGCCACUAUGCACACUAUCAAAAGGCACAGAGAAAUACUUAUGGACUAUCAGCAAGAAUUCUCCAAAACAUCGGCGCGAGUGAGCGCGCGUCGCGAACGAGAAGAGUUGCUGCGUGGGAGCAGCCCCACGCCCGUUGCCGGUCUAAGUCGACGUGACCAAUACGCCAAGGAAGCUAAUCAUCUACACAGUUCUCACAUCUUGGUUGACGAACAAAUAAAUAUAGCGAUGGAGGCUCGUGAGCACCUUACUACGCAACGACAGACGUUCAAACGUAUCCAGACAAGAUUCAAUGAUAUCACAAACAGGUUUCCGCUGUUGAAUAGUUUGAUGUACAGAAUAAACGCAAGAAAACGUCGCGAUUCUCUCAUUUUGGGCAUCGUGGUAGCUGUCUGCACAUUCCUUUUACUGCUCUACGCGUUCCACUGAAUAUCUUAUCUUAAUGUUAUAUAAAAACGAUUCAAUUAAAACCCAGAGAAUUGUUUAAGCGGAAUAGUAAUAGAUAUCACUUUCAAUUAACAAGUUGACUGGUGUACAUUGUAUGUUAUAUUUUAAUAAAGUAAGAUUUUUAGGAGAGUUCAGGAAUUAACCACUUCUCUAGCCAUGGUUUUUUUGAGUGUUAUGACGAUAUUUCGUUUCAUUUUACUUAUUCGACAUGUCUUUUUGGAGGAUAAACGACAGUUGGCAAUACUGCUGUCCAAUCUAUAAUCAUCCGUUCUUAUUCGUUCGUCGUUAUUAAAGUACAUCUCAAAGUAAUUAAACGAAAUAUUACCAUUACAUCGCUGAUAUCGGAUCCUUUGGUGAAAGUCAUGGCUAGAGUAAAGCGGUCGCACCCGAGAUGUGAAUAAUAGUCUAAAACAAAUUAUUGAGUAAAUUGCAUUUAUAUAAUUUGGAAUGUUGCCUCCGCAAGCGUUGCCCAACCAUGACGUCAAAUUCAAACGUUGAUAGUGUUUUUGGUACUUGUAGGAUUGCAAGUGCUUGUAGAAGAUUCGAUCAACUGUUUUUUUUCGCAAAUCAAAAGGGAUUUGGCGCAAGCUUUUGUGACGCUUUCACGUUGUUAGAGGUUUGAACUUUGCGGCAAAUGUCAAGCGGGCGGAGGUAGCAUGUAAUGAUAUCAGAAUUGACAGG